UUCAAUCAUCAUCUGAGUACAUUACAGGACACACACAGAGCUGCCUUUAAACUUCAUGUAUAAUUUUAGUUUUAAGAAGGCUGUAGAUUGCUGAAUAUCUUCAUAUACUGCCUGUAGGACUUUUAAAGUGGAUUGUUUUCUUUUAAAUCCAUUUGGAUGAUGAAUCUCCCACCACAGAUAAGUGUUUUCAUUCUGUCUCUGACGGCUCCUUUUAUUCUCUACACAAUCAACAAUGUCUCCAUCUUACAAGAUCCACAGGUUAUAUUGGCUAUUGGAAUUGCAGUUCUUACAACUGUGUUGCUUUUGGCAAAGUUCAGUUUAAAGACAAAAACUGAUGUUGAUCCUCUCUUCUAUGUAUUUGCUGUGUUUUCCUUCACUUCUGUGGUUGGCAUCACAAACGCUUUGCAGCAGGAUGGAUAUAUCAAAGGAUUUAUGGACUUUUACAUAAGCAAGGCGGAACCGUACCUGAGUUCUGCUCAUUGCAUCAUGAUGGGAUAUUGGGAUGGAGUUGUUCACUAUGGGCUUCUUCUCAUUAUGCUCCAUCAGAUGAGCACAGGAAAGCCUUUCCGGAGUAUGGCUCUCGUGUGGGCGGGAUCUAUCAUAGCCCAUCAGAUCGUCCUUAUCCCAGGGAUUAUAAUCGGUAAAUAUGGAAAAAGCCUUCAGCCUGCUUUCUGGAGAAAUGCCCCUUUCUUAGUUUUAUCCAUAUGGGCGGCAGCCAAGCUUUUCAAUAGGCCAAGAGAGCUGUCAAUCAUUCCUGCUGACAAGGUGGAGGCACAACAGAAGAAAGGGAUUCUGACUCGACCUCUUGACCUUCUGCUCACACUCGCUCUCAUGGGAACUAUCAGUUUCACUCUCUUUAGAGGAUUUGUUGUUCUUGAAUGUUCUUUGGACUGGUGUUUCUCUUACAUUUACCAGUAUGAGCCAUACAUGAAAGACAAUGUUGGAUUUCCUAAAAUAUCAAUGUUGGUGUUUCUGUUUUAUGCUCUGCCGCUCCUGACGGCGUGUGUUUAUGGACUACUGACUCCUGGAUGUACCUGGAUGUUGGACUGGACACUGAUUCUCGCUGGAGCUAUAGCUCAGAUUCAGUGGACUCACAUCGGAGCAUCCAUUCACUCACGCACACCUUUCACCUACCGGGUACCCAAAGAUGAGUGGCAUCUCGUGAUGACCCUGAACCUGCUGUACGCUGCUGUGCCCGUUCUCCUCGCCGCCCGCUGCUACACGGACCAGGCGUUCUUCAUGAAGAUCACUCCACAGGUACAAGCCAGCAAUGGUAAGAAGAUGAAAUAGAGCCUUCACCUGCAAGAACAUCCUGAAGGAUUGUAAUCCACUGAGAAGAAUGUGUGAUGGAGAAACAUCUACCACAAGAUCAGAUGCUGAAGUGUUACAGAGGAGAAACCUUUUAAAAUAAGAGUUUGGUCUUAUUGAUAGAAACUAACUAGCUGAUAAAGACUCGGUCUGAUCAAUCUCAGCCGAUAUUGGAAGCAGCUUAUUUUUCCCAUUUAAAUCUUUACUGGGUUACAAAAGUGCUACUGUACAAAUGCUUCAGUUGUCUGAGAUUUACUUAGACAAACAAUUCAAGAUUAGAAGUAGAUUCAGACUAAAGUGCGAACAGUAUGGGCAUUUUCCUGGACAGGUCUUAUCCUAGUCCCAGACUAAAAUGCACGUUUGAGCUGCCUUAAUUUGAGAACAUAUUUCAUAUAUUACAGAAACAUAUCUUAACACAUAUGAGUGCCAUUCUUUUGUCUCAACAUGAACACCCAUAAAUGUGGUAUGUUUGUAAAAAUUACUAAAAUGUUUUAAUUUAACUAAGACCUAGUGCUGGAUUAAUCUAAACCCUGUCCGGGAAAUUCAGUGAAUAUAUUUAGUAUAAAGUCAAUAUUUUAAAUAUUUAUUUCACCUGUAAUAUUAGUUAUUGGACAUAAAGGUACAAUCCUGCUAUGGUUUAACAUUCUGUUUAUCUUACGUUUGUUUUAGAAAAAGUUUUUUUUAGUUUCCAGUUGUUUAUUUGUGUAAAUGUGUGAAAUGUUUUAAACUACUGAUGUUAAUCUCUGUGUUCACGGCUUAUCUCUCAACAGUAAAUGAGUCAUUUAGUGAAAUCUCAAUAAAUAUGGACUCUGACAUGUGUGUGCAUUUGUGCGUGUGCAUGUGUGUGCGUGUGUGUAUGCGUGUACAGACACAUGCAAAGAGAUUUCUCUGUGAAAGUAAAGGCCGUGUCUGCUCAUAGUGGAUGUGUCCAGAUGUGUAGUAGUUACUAGAACUAUUUAAUUACUUUAAACCAGUGUUUCUUAACUCAAUGUUUAAAAUGUCUCCCUGCACAUUAACUAGCUAGUUAUAUCAGGUGUUUUUUAUAAGGAGACAUCUAAAACAUUCUGGGAGGGAGGAGUUAUGAAACACUGCUUAUUU